CACAACUCCCCUCUUAAAUGGAUCAAGCCAGGACAGAAUGUUUGAGACCAUGGCUGUGGAGAUUGAACAACUUCUUGGAAAGCUCACUGGAAUAAACGACAAGAUGGCAGAGUACACGAAUAGCGCAGGAGUCCCGUCCCUGAACGCUGCCCUGAUGCACACGUUACAGCGGCACAGAGACAUCCUGCAGGAUUAUACACACGAAUUCCACAAAACCAAAGCGAACUUCUUGGCAAUACGAGAAAGGGAGAAUCUGUUGGGAUCAGUACGAAAAGAUAUCGAAUCAUAUAAAAGUGGGUCUGGCGUGAAUAACAGAAGAACAGAACUAUUCCUGAAGGAACACGAACACCUUCGAAACUCAGAUCGACUGAUAGAAGAAACAAUAAGCAUCGCUAUGGCAACUAAAGAAAAUAUGACUUCGCAGAGAGGGAUGUUGAAGUCAAUACAAAGCAAGAUGAAUACCUUGGCUAAUCGGUUUCCAGCAGUGAACAGCCUGAUUCAAAGGAUCAACCUUCGGAAACGACGAGAUUCCCUCAUCUUGGGUGGCGUUAUUGGCGUCUGUACCAUCUUACUGCUGCUGUACGCUUUCCAUUGAUGGAUGUUCCCCCCCAGGACUCUGCUAAACUCAUCACCACCAUCCCUCCCCGCCCGGCCAAGGCAAAAGUGAGUGGGGGAAGCGACAGACUUCAAAGAGCCUGCUCGGCACGGCCAGGAGCACCGGCACGAUGCCUAGAGCUUUGCGAUGGUAGACUGCGACACUGGGUUUGGGUUUUGAAGCUGCAGUGUUUCUCCUUCUCUGCUGUACAUCUUCUUCCUUUGGUUAAAUUCUUGGGGAAUUUGUUUUGUCUUUUAGUUCCCUUUCUCACUGCAAGGUAAGUAAAUGUGGGAAGCUUACCAGAAGCCCCGUGGAACGGUUUCUGUGCUGAGCGGCGCUGGGGAGCUCAGUUGUUGGC